CAUAUUCAAUCAAUCUACAGAGCGACGAUGCGGAGAUCGGAGUGCCAUCCCCUGUUGAGAGGAACAAGGAGCGGCAAGUUCACGCAUGGCUUCUCCGUAGCGGAGAUGGAGUCUUUAGCCACCAUCUGCGACACUAUCUUGCCUCCUCUGCCGCUCGGUUCAUCAAACAACAACGGCAACGAUGAGAUCGAUACUACCGACGCGGCCGCAAUCGAGGCGUUUUACGCGGAGUCCGGUUCGCGAUCUCCGAUUCCGGACGAGGUUGCAGAGACAGUCGCGAAAAGAGGAUUGACUGAACUCGUGAUACUGGUGCGGAUGGUGCUGUGGUUGUUAGCUACGAGGCUAGGGACGUUGCUGCUCUGUGGAUCGCUCUGUUUUUGCAGGAAAUGGCCUUAUAUCUGCAAUUUCUCGAGUAUGCCAUUGGAGAACAGAGAGGAAGCUUUGAGGAGAUGGUGUAAGAAUAAGGUUUUCACGCCCAUUAGAGCUGCUCUUGCUUCCAUCAGAGUUCUUGUCCUCUACACCUUCUUUUCUCGGGUUGAUGUCAAUGGCGGCUUCCCUGCUUGGGAAGCCAUAAAAUACCGGCCGGAUAUUGAGGAGAAUCGGUCCAAAUCCUCCGAUGAGAGGCCUCUCCAGAAGGGAAUCAUAGAACCCAACAACGAAACAGAAUCAUCCUUUCAAAAAUCCCUCUUACAGAAGGGUCUCAGAGUCACUGGACACGACGGCGACACCCUUUCCAUCCAAUGUGAUGUGGUGGUUGUUGGGUCCGGUUGCGGCGGAGGCGUUGCGGCGGCGGUUCUCGCAAGUUCCGGCCAGAAAGUGGUGGUUCUCGAAAAGGGGAAUUAUUUUACUGCAUCUGAUUAUUCAUCUCUUGAAGGCCCUUCCCUCAAUCAACUGUACGAAGCCGGUGGGAUUUUCACAAGUGAUGAUGGGAAAAUGUUGAUUCUGGCAGGUUCAACCGUCGGCGGCGGCUCCGCCGUUAAUUGGUCGGCGAGCAUCAGAACCCCAAAUCACGUUUUGCAGGAAUGGGCUGAGAGCCACAAGAUUCCGUUCUUUGGAACCUCUGAAUAUCAAAUCGCAAUGGAUGCUGUGUGCAAGAGACUUGGGGUUUCAGAAGACUGUGAUGAAGAGGGGUUUCAGAAUCAAGUUCUUCGAAAAGGGUGUGAAAAUUUGGGGCUUAAAGUUGAAAAAGUACCAAGAAAUUCCCCAAGCGGUCAUUAUUGUGGAUCCUGCGGCUAUGGUUGUAGAAGGGGGGAGAAACAAGGGACUGAUUCUACUUGGCUCGUUGAUGCUGUAAAUCAUGGGGCAGUGAUCAUAACAAAUUGUAAGGCUGAGAGAUUCAUAUUGGAAAGGAACAAAACUGGAAGUGUGAGGAAGAGCAAGUGCUUGGGAGUGCGUGCAAAUGUUUGGAGUGACAACUUCACCAAGAAACUGCAAAUCAAAGCCAAAGCUACCAUCUCAGCUUGUGGGGCUCUUUUGACGCCGCCAUUGAUGAUAUCAAGUGGGCUGAGGAACAAACACAUUGGCAGAAAUCUUCAUCUCCACCCUGUUUUGAUGGCUUGGGGAUACUUUCCAGACUCAAAUUCAGAGUUCAAGGGAAAAUCCUAUGAGGGUGGAAUAAUCACAUCACUCCACAAGGUUAUCUCUGAAGGAUCCGAAUCAAAUUCUAAAACCAUCAUAGAGACUCCUUUAUUAGGACCAGGAUCAUUCUCUGUGUUGUUUCCUUGGAUAUCUGGACUUGACACUAAGCAAAGAAUGCUCAAGUAUUCGAGAAUUUCCCAUUUGAUAACAAUCGUCCGGGAUUUGGGAUCCGGGGCAGUAAGAUCAGAGGGAAGGGUGAGCUUCAAUUUGAGUGAAGAAGACAGGGAAAACCUCAAGAGGGGGUUAAGACAGUCGUUGAGGAUUUUGGUAGCUGCAGGAGCUACUGAAGUUGGCACACAUAGGAGUGAUGGACAGAGACUUGAAUGUAAAGGGAUUGGGAAGGAGGAAUUGGAUGAGUUUUUGGAUAUGGUAUCCGCAGAGGGAGGGCCACUAUCACUGACAGAAAAUUGGAACAUCUAUACCUCAGCUCAUCAGAUGGGGAGCUGCAAAAUGGGGGUUUCUGAAAAAGACGGCGCUGUCAAUGAAAAUGGAGAGAGCUGGGAAGCUGAAGGGCUUUUUGUUUGUGAUGCAAGUGUUCUUCCAACUGCUGUUGGUGUCAAUCCCAUGAUUACUAUCCAAUCCACUGCUUACUGUAUCUCAAACAGAUUAGCAGCAUUGUUACUGAAAUUCAAGCAAAGGUAGGAGAAGAAAGUGCUCCCAAAUUGGUGUUCAUUGUUUUGAAUUUCAAUCUCCAAGAUAGAACUCACAAUUGACAGGUAGUAGAUGCCUUUGCUCUUCAAGAUGAGUUCGUCUCGAAGCCAUGGAUUUCGAGAUUUCGGGUUGAGAAUUCCCCAGUC